GAUUGGUUAAUCCGUUCGUAGAGUAACACUGGCUGUAUGAAUUGCGAAAGCGACUGCUGCUGCUGCUAUGACCUGGAGCUUGGUGUCAGAAUAAUGCUGUAUCAGGACCGACCGUGCAUGAAGUCAUAACAUUUUGUCAAGUGGCUACAGAUAGAAGAAACGGACAAGUAAACCCAUUUGACGGAACAGCUGACUGAAGGGUUUGGAGGUCCUUUGCAUGGCAUGAUGGGGUCCUUCAGCCGACAGGAGUUCUUCCAUGAGCUUGCGGAGGGCUGCCUUCUGCCCACCACUGAGCAGGGCCUGGAGCAGGUCUGGCAGCUUCUGGUCAUCUGCCUUCUAUGCCGACUUCUCUGGAUUCUGGGCCUCCCAUCCUAUGUGAAACACCUGAGCACUGUGGCAGGAGGGUUCUACACCCUGUACCUUUUCUUUGAGCUCCACAUGGUGUGGGUGGUGCUGCUCAGCCUACUGUGCUACCUCAUCCUCUUCCUCUGUCGGCACUCCAGUAACCGGGCCACCUUCCUCUCCAUCACCAUCCUUAUCUACCUGCUCAUGGGAGAGCUGCAUAUGAUGGACACCACCACCUGGCACAAAAUGAGAGGUUCCCAGAUGGUGGUUGCCAUGAAGGCCAUCUCUCUAGCUUUUGACCUGGAUCGGGGCGUGGUGGCCAAUGUGCCUUCUCCUGUGGAGUUCAUGGGCUAUAUCUACUUUGUGGGGACUGUCAUAUUUGGGCCCUGGAUCAGCUUCAACAGCUACAGAGAGGCUAUAAAGGGCCGCAAACUGAGUUUCUCCUGGAUAUGGAAAGUGUGUGUCAGCUGGGUGAAGAGCCAGCUUUGUCUGAUCAUCUCUAACUGUGUUGCUCCCUACCUCUUCCCUUACUUCAUCCCUAUCUAUGGGGACAAGCUGCUACGCAACAAAACAAACCGGAAGAUCAGAGGUUCUGUGGCAAGGUGGCUCCUGGCCUAUGAGAAUGCACUCUCAUUCCACUUCAGCAACUACUUUGUGGGUUACCUGAGUGAGACCACCACCACUCUGGCUGGAGCAGGCUUUACUGAGGAGAAAGACAACCUCAAAUGGGAUAUGACUGUUGCUAGGCCCCUGCAUGUGGAGUUUCCCAGGUCUAUGGUGGAGGUGGCCACCUCCUGGAAUCUGCCCAUGUCCAGAUGGCUCAACACCUAUGUUUUUACUAGUGCUCGCAACCUUGGAACCUUUUCAGCCAUCCUAGUGACAUACACAGCCAGUGCACUUCUACAUGGUCUCAGCUUCCACCUGGGUGCAGUGCUACUGUCUCUCGGGUUCAUCACGUAUAUUGAGCAUGUUUUGCGGAAGAGACUGGCAGCCAUUUUUAAUGCGUGUAUUCUGUCAAAGAAAUGCCAGCCAAACUGCACUCACAAGAACAAUAAGGUCCUGUGGGUGUACAUCAUUAACGUAGCCUUCAGUACCCUGGCAGUCUUCCACCUGGCAUACCUGGGCUCUCUGUUCAACUCCAGUGUUGACUACAUGGAUGAUGAGGAGGAGAGUGACGUGGCCAACCACACCAUUCAGAAGUGGUCGGAGCUGAGCUGGGCCAGUCACUGGGUGACGUUUGGCUGCUGGGUGCUCUACCGUAUCAUCCUCUAGAUGUGUGUCUGUGUGAGAGAGCGAGAGAGGGCUGGGGACAAAGACGGCGAGAGAAGGGAAGCAAUAACGAGUGAAUGAAUGUGAGCCUGUUGUGUGAAGUCCUCUUGUAUUGGACUGAAGAGUACACACAACCACCCCUAUGUACAGUAUAUCAACUAUUUUACUCAAGACCAACAUGCAGUGCUCAGGACACCGCCUAAGAGAUUGGGCUAUCUACCUACUGUAACCUGCUGGUGACAAACUAUUUUUGAUACUCUUGAAAUAAUGCCCCACUCUUCCUUAAUCACAUCCUUUUGUUUGAGCUGCUGCAUUCGUCCCUUGUGGAAAGACAGACAGCAGAUACGGAUCAGACAUCUCACUGUGAUUCUCAAUCAAUACCCAUCCUGUCAGCAUGGCAGUGGUCAAUCAUUCACUCUCUUUUAUGGACAGCUAAGAACCCAUUCCUUAGAUGUCAGAAGUGAUUCUGGAAUAUGCCAUUGAAGUAUUGUUUUCCUGUUCCUCCAUAUUAGAAUGCUACAUUUUGUUAUUACAACCUAAUUAGUUAAUACAUCUGUAGAGCAUGUAAAACCCAGAUUUGAGAUGAGGAAAGUGUCCAUUUCUGUUUGUAUGACAGCACAAACCAGAAUUAUAAGGCAGCAACUUUCCUUUGUGGAUUUUAGUAGAAAUAAUAGAAGUUUGUAUUUGUUCAUGUUUUUUUUUAAUUUAUGGAAAUAAUCAUGUCAGUUGGUGUUUGUGUAUUUUAUACUAUGUUCUUCUCCCAUCCUGUAAUUUGAGCAAAUUUUUCCAUUGUCCUGUUAAUAACUAUGUAACUGUGAUAUAUUUUCCAAAUUAUUGUAGUUCAGUCAAAAAAGAACACAAGUCUUUACUUGGUCAGUCAGAGUUCUUCAUGUUGCUAUAAAGCGGAUUAUGAAAAUACAUAACUUCCUGUUUUAGAUGCAAAAUUAAGAUGACAUUUGAAGUUGCACCAGUAACUAAAGGCUUUUGUCAUUUUCUAUAUCCUGCUCUUUUUUUUAACAUGCUUUUAUGGAAAUGAAUAAUUCAUGAUGGAACGCUUACUGCUCCUGAACAUACUGCACAUAAACUGAAUCAUACUGCUCAUUUGGUUAAUUUGAAGAUGGCCAGUCCAGAAACAACCCUUAUUGGCUUUUGUUACCUUUUUGUUUCUGUUACACAACUGUGACUGGGACUCUUACACUGGCAUAUGUAAAACAUACUAUAAUCUUGGUUAACCCAGAACUAAAGUCUUGCGUAAUUGGUCAGCUGCUCGGUUACGUUCUGGGUCCGUACAUUUAAAGAGAAGGGAUUAAGAGACGCUAGAACGAGGAGCUCCUUUCUUUUUGUAAAUUACCUGGCAAGUCUAUCGGCUGCAUGCCCCCUCCCCUUCCGAAAUUCGAAAGAUGUUAACGCCUGCGAAAUCGUGAUUUGUCCACAAAAACAAAAAACCCAAACACCGGAACUACAGCUGCUCGUUAUCCCACGCAUCCCAUUCCUUACCGACAGAUUCUACGGUACCAGUUAUGUUUAUGUAGAUCUGUCCACGAGAGAUUACAUAUACUGUAAUUUAGUAGGCUUUCCGUUAGAGAACAAUGUUCCGAUCAUUUUCCAUGCAAUGCACAAGCAAAGAUUUUUAUAACUAAACCAAGAUAGACCACAGCCUGUUGUUUCCAAUGGGAACAAAUUAGUCAUAGUGGGCAGAACAAGCAAGGAGGUGGGCAGAGCCAAGCAUGAGCUAGCGAGAUCCUAUUGGCCCGUUCUAGCAUUCAUCUGCACAUUUCCGUUAGGGAACGCCUACUCUGAAGUGUGCGUGUGCAGUAACUCAAUUCGCCUUUGCAAGCCUAAACAAAGCGUAUUUUUAAAACUUUGACAAAGGGUAAAGUCUACAAAACUUAGUCCACUCUGUUCAUAACAGAUUAUAGUUUUGGGAACAGAAAACUGUAUU